AUGGCAACCCUACGCUACGACCAGCUGAAUGACCCCGACGAGGAAAUCCGCCUUUUGCAGGUCUUGCCGCGAGACAGUCGUCCAGGCGAUGCUGAAGGCGGCGAGGACAAUGACAUCCUCAUCUGCAACCUCCUCACCGCCACGAGGGGCAAAAAUUGUCCAAAAUACACAGCGCUGUCAUAUGCCUGGGGUCAACAUGCAGUGACCAAGAUGAUCAGCAUCAACGGCAUGCUUUGCCACGUCAACGAGACUGUCGAGAUGGCGCUGCGUGAGAUCCGCCGCCAUGCAGGAGCUGCGAGCCAACACAAGGACGAAUCCACUGAUCUAGAAGAACAGACCACGCAGCACGAAGGCGAGCUAGUAUGGGUAGAUCAGAUCUGUAUCAACCAAGCCGACGAGAGCGAAAAGGGCCACCAGGUGAAUCAGAUGAGACACAUUUACAGCGAAGCCGACCAUGUCAUUGCCUGGGUGGGCGCCUCGUGGCCAGACUGCGGAUUUCUCUUCGAACACUUUACGGAGGUCGGCGAGGCACUUACCCUUGGUGAUUUCAACCUGGUUUGGGAUCUCCACAGAGACGAAAAGACCCGCAAGCGGUUGGCUCGCGCUUACUUUGAGUACUGCAAGAGGCAGUACUGGACGCGUUUGUGGGUGAUCCAGGAAUACGCCGUGGCCCGAAAGUUGACCAUUGCGUGCGGGCCAUGGCGCUUGGAUGCCCUGCAUGUACACAGUGUCAUCGUGCCGGAUGCAGAAUAUUUUCCAUCCAGAGAGGCGGAGGAUGAGUCCAUGGAGAAAGAUGGGGAUUCUGCACCGGAGAACCGAGACGACAUACUUCGAGACUAUCGACCACUACUGGAGAACAUCCCGAGCUCGUUCGUGCUGAGCAUCCUCACACGGAGGGAGGGAUAUCAAUGGCCGUUCGAAGACGAGUCAGCGGUGCGCGUAAACUUAUUCACGAUGCUGGCCACAGCACUGGUACUGGAGACGGACUACAACUUGCCACAGACUUCGGACCCUCGCGACCGGAUCUUCUCCCUUAUGGGACUAACCUCAGACCAGGCCGACUUUGAGGGUUUCCCAGACUACUCCCGCUCAUGCGAAGAGAUAUACCAGCGUGCCGCCGAAGUUAUGCUGAGAAAAGGCCAGGUGGACGUUCUUGCUUAUUGCCAGUUUCCCAGGAACUUCCCCGAGCUCCCAAGCUGGGCGCCGGACUGGAGCAUGGGCCUGAGGGCACCGUGCUGCGUUGUAGCCUUUGAGACAGAGUUCCGAGCAUGUGGCAGUACGAAUGCCGAGGGUCGAGUCCAGAUUGCCGGAGACGAGAUCAAACUGUCGGGUGUCUUUGUCGAUACCAUCAAGGAGCGAAGCACUGUGCUGUGGGAUCCAGACUGGCUCAAGGGUUUGGACGUUGACGCAGCACGAGAGUACGUCAACGAGAUUGGUCGGUACUGCAGCAAGUCACCUCGUAUCAGAGUCGAGGAUGAGAGGGACGACGUUGGCAGAAUUGCGAUAGCCGAGUAUGGAGGCCAGCACAGCGACAUCACGUGGGACGACUACUUUGCGUUGAUCAGAUACGGCUUGAGGACUCUGCAAGAUGACAGCAGCGAAAACGGCGAAGCUGCCGAGCAGCCACAAAGUCCACUGCAAGAGGUUGAGCAGGGAAGCCAUCCAGUAGACCAUGUUGCUGAGGGGGUUGCGCAGAUCAGUAUCCAGGGAGGCAAUGGGGAUGACGGGGCCGACGAGACACUGGAGACGGAGCAGACUAUGCUUGCAACGGACCCCAUUUGGUUCCGGGAGAGUUUGAGACGACUUCAUUCGAGGCGGCCAUUCAUCACCACCACUGGCUUCGUCGGCUUGUGCCCAGAGCACACAGAGCCCGGCGACCAAGUCUUUGUCCUACUGGGCGCUCGGACACCAUAUGUGCUUCGCCCUGCCGAUGAUGGAGUGAGGUACAAGGUGGUUGGUGAUGCAUACGUCCAUGGCAUCAUUGUAGCCAUCUCCAUCUUGACGCACCGCCAUACGACCAGCACCACCACGCUUCUCUCGCCCAUCUUCAGCUCGCCGCCUGUUCUGAUUGUGCCGCCCCAAGGCCUGCCCGCCUGCCCAGCCUCUCCGACGCCCCCGACCCCGUCACGCGUUCCGGCGCACCCUCGACCUCUCCCACUGGAUCCCCGAACAACCGCCACCAUUUCGCUCUCAAACCUCCCCCCGCAGACACCUCAUCACCCCGCGGUUGCGGGCGUGCCGAACGGGACUCAUCCCAACGGCAGUGCUCUCAACACGCCGCGGGUGGUGUCUGCGCAGGCGACGCCCUCGUCGAUGGCGCCUGGGGAAGCCCCGGGCGCCCUCGCUCCGCCCCCCGAGGGCAUCUACCGCACCUUCGAAGACCUCCUCACAGCAGUCCAGCGCGUAGCCAAAGACCAGGGCUAUGGCGUAGUCAAGCUGCGCGCCAGCAACUACCGCGAUGGCAAGCCGACUCGAUACGAUCUCGUGUGCGACCGGGGAGGCGUCAAGUACAACAGCACAGCCAAGAAGCGGAAUCCCAGCACCCGCAAGGUCGACUGCCCGUGGCGCGCCAAGGCCGUCUGUGAAGUCCAGCUCGGCAACCAGUGGCGGUUCGCCGUCCAGGACUCACGGCAUAACCACGAGGCCCGGGUCCCUGCUGCUCCUCCGGGACAAGAAAACACACCCAUGGCUCAGAGUCUGCGCAGUCUCACCAAUAAGCUCGACAGGAUCAGCCACGAUCUGAACCAGGGGUUUGGACGGAUCGAGGCAAGAAUGGAGAGCAUCGAGAAGCGUCUGGAGGCCAUGGAGUCGCGCAUGGGCACCAUCGAGGCGCGCAUGUCUGGUGUCGAGGCCAGCGGGCGGAUGGAAGUCGGGCCGAUGGACAACAUGGACAUGGGCGAACCGGGUUCGAUGCUGGGACCUGCCGUCAUGUAG